AUGUUGGACUUCAACCUAAUGCACCGGCUGCCAGGGAUACCUGGCAUCAACCCCUACGGUCCCUUCUCCACUCCUGGCUUGAACCACCUCGUUCACCAGCUUCAGCAGCAGCAGGCCGCCGCAGCCGCACAUGCGGAAGAGAUCGACGAGAAUCUAGAGCCUGAUGAUCCCAAAGUAGAACUCGUGGAUAAAGCACUCUGGGACGAGUUCCAUCGAAAUGGGACAGAAAUGGUGAUCACCAAGACCGGCCGUCGAAUGUUUCCUGGCUUCAAGACAAAAGUCUCCGGGCUGAACCCAAAGGCCAAGUACUGUAUGGUGAUGGAUAUACGACCCAAAGAUGAUUGUCGAUACAAGUAUCACAAUUCAUGCUGGAUGGUGGCGGGCAAAGCCGAUCCGGAACUUCCUCGACGGUUUUAUAUUCAUCCCGACUCACCAGCUACAGGAGAGCAGUGGAUGAACAGGCCCAGCAUUAGCUUCCACAAAUGUAAAUUGACGAACAACAUCGCUGAUCCCCAUGUUUACGGCCACGCAAUCCUGAAUUCAAUGCACAAGUACCAGCCUCGUUUCCACAUCGUACGAUGCUCCGACACAAGUCAAAUCUACUCCCGGCAGUGGCGAACUACGUGCUUUCCAGAGAUGGAAUUUAUCGCAGUCACAGCGUAUCAAAAUGAAAAAAUCACCCAACUCAAAAUCAACCAUAACCCCUUCGCGAAGGGAUUCCGCGACACAGGCUGCGGACGGCGCGAGAAAAGACCGCGAUUGCCUUGCGCCGAAGAAAGCGAGUCCAAGCAACUCCGAGUAGACGCCGAUGACAAAAUCCGCCGGGACUCGGCCGAUUCUGGCAACUCGACAAACGCUGCCAACUCCCCCGUGGCUCGCACUGAAUCCCCACGAAGUCGUACCUCCGAAUCCGACUCCGGCCGUGCCCGAUCGCCUAGCGAAACCCCCAAAAUCGCGCAGCCUGUAUCUACUAUUGCAGCCGGGACAAAAGCAACGCUAGCACAUUCGAUCACGAAUCUCGUCUCUUCCUCGCCUCGUUCCAGUCUCGCCGAGAGCGCAGCAAAGAGUCCCGAUUGCGGGGCCACCUCUGCGAGCGGGAGUGCUUCUGCGUUUUCCAAUCCGACUCUGCACUCGGCCGCGGUUCAUCAUCGGAAUCUGCAGGCCGCUGCGGCCGCUGCACAACAAUUCACACACCAACUGAACUCCUUGGCCCUAACGGGUCUAAACUUCAACCAAGCGAUGACUGGUCAAAUUCCUCAUCCACAACUCGCCCUGCACAACUUGCUCCCCCACUUCCCGCUGCUCAACGCCGCCGCCACUGGAAGUAGCUACAACCCGCUGUUUCAAGCUCAGCGUUUAAACCCGCUAAUGUCUGAGACCGCUGAUCGCCUUUAUCGCGAGGCGAGGGCGCGGCUAGCCACGCGCACCGCAGCCCAGCUCAAUUCCUCACAAGCAGCUCUUUCUUCGCCCUCAACUGAGCCAGCGCCAGCUAGUACUCAGCCCGCAGUGAGCAUCUCCUCAGCCGAAACUGUCGAGCCAAGCCCUUCUCAACCCGUGGAAAGCCCUCAAGCGCCCCCUGAGCGACAAGAAGAACAGGCGGAAGAAGCAGAAGAAUCUGCCGAGGUCGAAGUUCAAGACAUUGUCUCGUAG